AUGUCUAGAUUGUCAAACUCCGUAUCGCGGUGGCUACGUCUGAUAGCAGGUUCACCUCGGGUCGCCUUCGUUCCAAUUAGACGAACAGCUAAAUGUUAUGCUGUGGAAAGGUUAACUUUGCCACCCAACAAUCGAUCACGCCUCGUCGUCGGAGCAGCUUCUUUGGGUUUAGCGUUAUUGGCCGCUGAUUAUGUAUUCAAUGAAAAAAGAUUCUUCAAAGCAGCUCAGGUUGGAAAUGUGCAGGAACUCCGCAAGCAGAUAGAGGUGGCAGGAGAUCGCCGUAAUGAUGGCGAGAGCGCUGUUGAUCGACGCCAUCCCUUGGGAUGGACGGCACUAAUGGCAGCCGCGGCAAACGGCCAAGCACCAGCCGUACAAGAACUGCUACGGUUAGGCGCCCGGCCGGAGCUACGCGACCGCUACGCCGGAGCUACGGCCGCCGCUUCCCAUGCCGGCUUACAUCCGCUUGAAGCGCUGCAGCGCCGCGAAGACGAGUUCUGCAGCUCGAUGAACGCGCGCGCUUCAUUCCUAGGCUGGACGGCGUUGCACUACGCCGCGUUAGCCGACUCGGCGACAAGCGCUGCAGCGCUUUUAGAAGCCGGCGCCGAUCCAACUGCACGCGAUCACGCUGGCCGACGUCCGCUACAUUACGCGCGAGAUCCUUCUCCCACUCGCGAGAUUCUCCUACAACACACGCGACGCUGGGAAGAUGCAGCCGCUGCAGCCGCGGCUGAGGAACGUCGCCGCUUUCCUCUCGAGCAGCGCUUAAAGCAAUUCAUCGUUGGCCAGCAGGCCGCCAUCGAAACUGUCGCCGCUGCGGUACGUCGCAAGGAAAACGGCUGGGCUGACGAGGAACACCCCCUCGUGUUCCUCUUCCUCGGCAGCUCGGGCAUCGGAAAGACGGAGCUAGCGAAGCAACUUGCCCGGUAUAUGCACCGAGAUGACCCGGCUGCCUUCAUCCGUCUGGAUAUGUCCGAGUAUCAGGAGAAGCACGAAGUUGCGAAGCUGAUCGGUGCUCCGCCCGGUUAUGUGGGACAUGAGGAGGGCGGACAAUUGACACGGGCGCUCGCCCGCAGAGCAGAUGCUGUGGUCCUAUUUGACGAGGUCGAUAAAGCUCAUCCGGAUGUCCUCACAGUCCUAUUACAGUUAUUUGACGAGGGAAGAUUAACAGAUGGCAAGGGAAAACUGAUCGAAUGCAAAAAUGCAAUAUUUGUGAUGACGUCGAAUCUUGCAUCGGACGAAAUUGCACAGUACGGUCUGAAGCUGCGUCGCGAGGCUGAGCUCCGAGCGGCUCAACGUAAUCGACCUCAAGUCACGGAUGUUUCUAAAGAAAAAGAUGAGAACAACCCGCCUAGUCCACCUAACGAAGUUGCAGAUAAUGAAGAUCCCGAAGAAACCUUAGAAGUUUCGAGGCAUUUCAAGGAUAGUGUCGUGAGGCCUAUUUUGAAGAGGCAUUUCGGACGCGAUGAGUUCUUGGGCCGAAUCAAUGAGAUUGUCUACUUCCUUCCAUUCUCACGUCAAGAGUUGUUGACUUUAGUGAACAUGGAGCUACAACACUGGGCAGAGAAAGCUAAGAGUAGACAUGACGUGGAUCUGCACUGGGAAGGUGGCGUGCUUGGAGCACUGGCUGAUGGCUACGACGUGCACUACGGCGCGCGCUCCAUCAAGCACGAGGUGGAGCGGCGCGUGGUGAACCAGAUCGCGCUCGCCGCCGAGCGCGGCGCGCUGGGCCGCGGCUGCGCGCUGCUGCUCAGUGCGCGCGCCGGACGCCUGCAGCUGGCCGUGCGCCGCCCCGCCGCCGACCACUACGAGCCGCUGCACCUGGCCGCGCUCUAG